AUGGGAUUAGAAGCUAACAACGAAGCUAUUCAAUGCAAGGUCUUUUCAACGACCUUCUCUGGGCCAGCUUUGUUGUGGUUCCGACAAUUAAAGCCCAGAUCCCUCAACAUUUUUAGUGACCUCCGACGGACCUUUUUACAACAAUAUAGUGCAAACCGAGAGGCACCAAGAACAAUGGCUGACCUCUAUCGGAUUGAGCAAGGGGAAAAUGAACAUUCGAAAGCAUAUUUGCAGCAUUUCAUUGACCUCGUGCAUCAAAUCCACAACAUUGAUCCAAUUACCGCAGCCAAUCUCUUCGUCAAAAGCUUGCAGAUGGGAUCUCUUUUACAUGAGAAUCUCACCAUGACACCACCCUACGACAUGGCAGAAAAGAAGUUUGCGCUCAUCUCUGCUCCACCAACAAAUAACCCUCCGCCACCUGCUAGAGAUGACAAGAGGAAGCGGAACCAAACAGAUCACGCGAAGGAAGGAAAGAGGCCAAGACAGGACCGACAGUCACCACGAUACCCUUCCUUCGAAUACACCGUCCCGCAAGAAGUCAUUUAUGAAGAAAAUAAAGAAAGACCUAUCUGGCGGGAGCCCUAUAAAAUUACCACUCCUUCUGACAGGAGGGAUAAAAGCAGGUACUGCCUCUUCCACAAAGAUCACGGUCAUAUGAUCGCUGAAUUCCAUAACCUGAACAAUCAGAUCCAAGCCCUCAUGAGGAGUGGGAGGCUUACCCAAUACAUCAAGGAGGCAGGCAGACACGGCACCUCGCGGCAUAAUCCUGCUUCUGCCUCAGCACCGCAAGCAUCAGAUCCCGUGCACACAGCCUCUGAUAGCACUCAGGAGCCUCUUAAGCAAGUCCCUAUGAUCCACGGGAUCGUGGAACUCACUGAGAACCAAGAGCAUAUCACCAAAAUCCAUAAGAGGAUGGAAGAACGAGUGAAGCGAUACGAAUCAUUAGACCACACGAUCAAUCUUGUCACUUCAGAGGACAGAAGUUUUCCAGCCUCUGCACUCACCUUCACCGAUGAUGACCUGAAGGGCGUACACAUACCCCAUGAUGAUCCACUCGUCAUUUCCCUACAAGUUGACCAUUGCCAGCUGGGCAGAGUUCUAAUCGACGAGGGUAGUGGGGUUGACAUCCUCUUCUGGGAAGCCUUCCAGAAAAUGGGGCUAGAGGAGAAUCAGAUCCGGCCCUCCACCACACCCAUUUUGGGAUUCAAUAGCCAAAGAGUAUAUCCGAAAGGCAUCGUUCAAUUGACUGUGGUGGCCGCAAAACGCACCCUGCCAGUAGACUUUCUCAUUAUAGAUUCCAUCACAAGCUACAACGCCAUCAUGGGGAGAAAUUGGAUCCACAGGAUGCAGGGGGUAGUCUCAACUUUGCAUCAGGUGAUGCGGUGUCAAUCACCCAACGGGCGCUACACCGUUGACAUCAAGGGCUGCCAGAAGCAGGCCAAAAAUUGCUUCCUUACCUUGAAAGAAAUAAAUAGUUCUGGCACUGCCUCCCAUAACAACUCCCCUGACAAAUAG